GCAGCGUGGUGGAGGCGGAGAUCGGCGGCGGCGCCCCUGUGAUCAUCGAAGAGCCCACGGAGGAGAUCGUGCGCCGGAACGACCCCCUGACGCUCAACUGCAAGGCCACGGGCGUCCCCCACCCCAGGAUACGGUGGUACAGGACAGACUCAGAGACGCCCCUGCGGAGUCGCGACGGGAGGCUGCAGCUGCCAGAUGGCUCGCUCUUUUUCUACCGGGUGCGCGGUCGAGACGCCGGCACUUACUACUGCGCGGCGCACAACUCCUUAGGCACCGCCACCUCCAGGAGGGUCGCCGUCCAGAUGGCUUACCUACGAGAGGAUUUCCGGAAGUCACCCUCCAGCGUGGACGUGCCGGAAGGGAAGACGGCCGUGUUCGAGUGUGAGCCUCCGAAGGGUCACCCGAUUCCUGUAGUCACCUGGAGGCUGGAUGGGGAGGACCUGACUCUCCCUCGGCACAGAUACCGGCAGGAAGGCUCCACGCUGCUGGUGAGUCACGUGGUACCAGCCGACGAGGGGGAGUACCAGUGCGUGGUGACCAACAUGGCGAACCAAAGGGUCUCCGCGGCUGCCAUUCUCACGGUCUUUGAAUCAGCGCGGGUAGGGGGCGUGGUUAAGAGCAUGGUGGGCGUGGCCGGACAUGACGUCACGCUGCCUUGUGCUCCGACUGGUAAUCCUGAUCCACAGGUGCUGUGGAGCCGCGUGGACGGCCCAAUGCCCGUCGGCCGCGCCAGAGUGGGCCGGGACUGGAGCCUCACCAUCAGCGACGUGACCACCGGCGACCAGGGUGUCUAUGUGUGCGAGGCUUCCAACGUCGCGGGUUCCGACAGCGCCAACACUUCGCUCGCUGUCGUCGAACCCCCUCGUGUGGACGGAGGAGUACGCCCUCGCAUCGCCGUGAUCACGCCCACACACGUCCGUCAGAUCAGCUGCCCUGUGACGGCCACGCCCAGCCCGGUCAUCUUCUGGGUGCGGGAGAACCACGUGAGGGAUGACCUCGACUACCAUGAUGACCCCACGUUGGAGGACCCCGCCUUCUCGACCUUCCAGCAGCCCCUCCGGCACCUUCCGGAUAUCCUGCUGGCGGGCUAUGGCGGCGGGCCUGCCCUCGGGACGCCCCCCAGGAUCGACUCCGAGCCCCUGGUGGACGAGGCCUACAACCUCCACGUCACCACCUACCACGAGGGCCUCUGGGCAUGCAUGGCCGCCAACGAAGUUGGCGGGCUGAUGCUCCCCGUGCACGUGGUGGGCGGGGGCGUAGCGCGCAACUCGGCGGGGAUCGGCAUCGUGGGCGUGGACGAGGUGGAGGCACGGGCGGCCCUCCUCACGCCCGCGCUCGAGCUCGGGCACCCUUCGUCUGCCGCGCCGUCAGCCGUCACGCUCAAGUGGCGAUACCUGGGUCGCCACGCCCCCAUCCUCGGCGUGUUCGUGCUGGGGUGCGAGCGUGGCGCCGGCUUCGUCUCCCCCCGCGUGCAGCAGCUGCUUCAGAGCCACGACAUCUCCCGCCACAGCCGCACCCACAGCCUUCGUCAGCCUGGUCCGGAGAGCGAGGCGGUGCGCGACGCCCUUGUGCAGCCGGAGGUCGCUCAGCAUCUCCACGACGGCGGCGAGGAUCGGCGCGACGGGACGCUGGCGGCGGAAGACGACCCCAGCGACAGUUCCUCCUUCGCCAACACCACGACGAAGGAGGAACCGGACCCACAGUGCUCGAAUUUGCGAGUGCUGGGUCACGCCUCAGCGCAGGUCACGAGCAUGGUGUUGGACGGCCUGCAGCCCUACACUUCCUACUGGCUCUUCCUGGUGCCUCACUACAAGGGCGUCCUCGGCGUCCCUUCGAACCUCCAGGCCUACACUUCGCCCCAGGAUGUGCCAUCGGGGUGGGCGGUGCUGUCCCGGUGGUGGGCGGCGCAGGUGGGCGAUGGCUUCUACGCCCUCACGCUGCACUGGCGCCCGGUGCCCCAGCACCUCGCCCACGGAGUCAUCCAGAAGUACAUGGUUGUGGUGCACGAGAGGGACACGGGCGUGACCCACAACGUCAGCGUCCUGGGAGAGCUGACGUCCCUCACGCUGCCCAACGUGACGUCCUCCCGAGUGAGCGUGACCCUGACGGCGGCCACCCUCAAGGGCUUCGGUCCUUCGUCGCCCCCUGCGAGGCUCGAUCUGCUCAUGGCCCACUACAAGGAACCUGGUGUAGGUGUGGGCGUGGUGAGGUCGGCCUGGUUCCUGGUGCUGGCGGGCGGUGCUGUGGCCAUGCUGGUGGUCGUCGUGUCCUGCACCGUGACGGCGAGGUGGUGCGCUAGAGGGCUUCAGGCACUGCCCAGGGACGUAAGCAAGAACAAGGUGUGCAGCACAGGCGACCCCUGGGGAGACGUGGGAGGUCUGUGGGCUGUGGAGUCGGACGAGCUGCACUCAGACAAGUCCGAGAAGAAGCUCCUGACCUCGAACGGCUCCGCCACCGCUGAUUACGCAGAGGUGGAUGCUGGGUCACUCAGGGUCAAUGACGACCUCAGCAAAAGCAGGCUAGAGCCGUGGACGCAAGGGCUUCUCUGCCCCUCCCCUUCCCCCUCCAGGACGUCUAGCGUCUCUCAACGCACGAAGCACACGCAGUCCGAGUCUGUCUCGUGCCAGGUGCCUCCGCCCCGGCCUCCGUCACACCAUGGCCCCGCACGCCAUCCCAGCGGCCGCAGCUACACCAUCCCCUCCGUAGCGCCGCCCACCAACCACGCCCACCUCUCCUCCACCACCUGUCGAGGCACCGAAGCCAACACGUGGUACACGGGCGAAUGCUGCACCUGCUGCCAGGAUGACAUGAAGCUGAUCAUUCCCCGCGACUCGCACUGCACUUCCGCCACGCCCUCGGGAUGCUCCACCGUCCGCGCCAACUUCGACCGUCCGCCCAACCUCACGCCCUUGACGCAGGACUACCAAUACAGCGCCGCGGAGACUGACACGUACGAGGCAGUCACGGCCUACGACGCAGCCUCUCCGGGCGAUGACUCCGUGACGCGGCCGAUCUCGCGGGAGGACGUGCGCCAGCUGAGACUCAACACGGAAUCCACGACGGAUCUGUCGAUGGACUGCUACAACUUCUCUGACGAAGGCGAGGACGACACGCAGUCUUGCAGCGACACCGAAGCGUCUUUCUUCAUCCCUCGGAACCACGACAGAAAACGCGAGAAGAACGGCGUAGGGGAGACUAAAGACAACCUCUCGUCGUGCGAGGACGUCCAGAGAAUCGGCGGGUUCCCUCGCUCCGACUGCAAGGAGAACCUGAGCAAGACCUUCCGCAAGCCGGGCGAGGACGGCAAGGCCCACGAGGAGAGAAAAGGCUCGGACGCUCUGCUUUGUUCCCAGGUCGACAUGUCUGCCUCCACCUCGGGCGCCUCGUCCAUGAUGGAGAGCUCGGGCGUGGGGCUGCCGAAGGUGAGGCAGCCGAGUCGCUCCUCCGUCUCGCAGGACAGUCUCGAAGAGCAGUUCGAAAGGACACUGAGUUUCAUAUCGCAGGGCGGCUCUUGGAACGUAGAUUCCGAUUACAUGUCAACUUCGCUGUAUAAUUAACGAAUAUUCUCCCAGAAAGCAUUUAUAGUAUGUGUUGCUGUGUCUUAGAACUACCAUUUAUUUGUUUCUGAUUACGUAAAAUAUCAUGUGAUCAUAUCGAACAUACGAUGGUAGGAGAGAGAAAAGGAGAAAAACACACUCAUAUAUCAAAGGGUUCGAUAUUAGCGAUUUCGAAGUAACUGU